AUAGUCUCGUCCUGUGUUUCUUCCUCCCAAUCACACUGAAAUGCAGCUGCGCCAUUCCUCCUUUGUCCAGUGAAGAGAGCAAAGCGAUCUGCAACGGAAAGACACCGGGGCCUUUGCAACUUUACCGUUUCUUGCGCCGCAGUCGGAAACAACGUUAGCUACUUAAUUGCAGUUUAGUUUAAGGCGAAGCAGACGAACCUAGCAAGGCUUCGUUUGUUAUUCUGACCGUGCUAGUACGGUUAUGAGCAAUUCUGAGUCCGCCAUAGAGUCAAGCCCGCAGAAGAAAAUCAAAAUGGAAGACACUAAAUACCUGCCGGAGCUCCUGGCUGAAAAAGACAGCUUGGACUCGUCUUUCACGCACGCCAUGAAACUUAUUUCUGCAGAAAUUGAGAGGAUUCAAAAAGGUGACACCAAGAAAGAGCCAGAGAAGGAAACGUAUCUGGACCUGUUUGCUACUAAGAACCUUAAACUGAAAGAGCGGGUACUUAUUCCUACCAAGCAGUACCCUAGGGUCAACUUUGUUGGUAAGCUUUUGGGACCUCAAGGCAGCACAAUCAAGAGGCUCCAGGAAGAGACGGGUGCAAAGAUUUCAGUCCUGGGUAAAGGUUCCAUGAGAGACAAGAAUAAGGAGGAAGAGCUGAGGAAAGGCGGUGAGGCCAAAUAUGCACACCUUGCCAUGGAGCUGCAUGUGUUCAUUGAGGUGAUGGCACCCAUACCAGAAGCCUAUAUGCGUAUGGCACAUGCCAUGGAGGAGGUCAAGAAGUUCCUUAUCCCAGAACCUGGUGAGCAUGACCCGUACAUGGAUCCUCAUUUCCUGAAUGGGUCCCAGGAUGGUUCAGGCAGGGGGCGAGGAGGGCACUUAGGAAGGGGCAGAGGUGGACCACCAGGUGCUGGAGGACCAAGGGGGCGAGGGAUGCCACGUGGGGCCCCCCGAGGAGCAAUGCGUGGUGGCGGUCCACGGGGAGGAUUAGGCCGGGGCAAUGGUCCUAGAGGUGCACCAUCUGGUAGGGGGGGGCCACCUUCUGCUCCCAAUAGAGGAGGCUCGGCUUCCCGCUCUAGACCCCCUGCAGCAGGGGGUCAAAGGAUGCUCCCCUCUGCAGCCAUGUCUCACCAGCAACACCAGGGUCCUCCCUCAGCAUCACAGCCCAAAUCUGAUGGCUAUGAGGACUAUUCUCAAUAUGAAGAAUCCUAUGCAGAGCCUGCCUAUGAGGGAUAUGAAAAUUACUAUAAUCAGCAAUCGGCACCUGCGGAUACUGAAUAUUAUGAUUACGGACACGGCGAGGCCCAGGAAACGGCAUAUGAGCCUUAUGCUCAAGAUGAUUGGGACAACUCAUGGUCCAACUCCGGGGCCGGAGGCAAGGCCCCCGCGGCCAGGCAGUCAAAGGGAUCGUAUAGAGAGCAUCCGUAUCGAUACUGAAUGGCUACUGGUAGAGAGUUGCUAUGGCAACUGUCUCCGAUUGUAACUCACUUUUUUUCAAAAGUAAUUUCCCUCUCGUUUGUUCCCUUUUUUAUGGUUUAUUUUAUUUUUGUUUUUUUAAACUCGGUAGACGUUUUGUUUGUAUCAUAGUGCCAGAGGAGAAACAUUAACACAAGGUUUUUCGUUGUUUACCUGUUUCCAAUUAAUGUUUGUUUCAGUUGCGUAGUUGGCAGGUCCCAGUGACUUAAACCUAACAAAGGAACAAGAUUAACAUUUUAGUGAUAUAUGAUGGUUAUUUCAGUUAAUUGUUCGUGAACUAAAUGUGAUGUGGCAAUAAAUUCUUCUCAUGUAGGCUGCAUUUUAAAAGUCCUUCAUGACUGGACAACAAUUAUUCAUAAGACCUCAAUGUAACUUCACUAUAACUAGAAUAGAUUUAGUUGCAAACUCAAACACAGCCAUGAGCCGUUUUGAUAUAAAAAAGUCAAAUAUUUGUUAAUACUACAAAACAAAUCUAGUCUUGUGUGAAGUUAUAGAAUCUCCUAAAAUAUUAUUGAACUCAAUUUGACAAAGUGCUUCUAUUUUUGCCACACUUACAAUUGGUAUAUUAUGAACUCUGUCCGACUAUUACUUGCAAAAUCAACGCUGAUGAUCGACUAAUUCUUGUAAAGCUUGAAGGAUUAACAAUCCUUACAGUGUGUGAGGAAGGUUGCAGCCAACUCAAUAUUUUGUACAUAACCUUAGGACAACUGUGUAUGCUUUAAGCCGUGCCGUCUCAAAAAUGCAUAAUGCUUGUGUACCUUUGGCUAAAUAGGAUACUAAAUAUAUCCCAAAAUGUUUUUCUGCAGUGCGUGUUUCAAUAAAGUUUCUAGUUUCUUUUUAAUCAAUCUAAACAUGGUAUUUUGCCUUUGUUGUACCAAAGGAACGCCUUCAGUUUGUGAAAGUGGUCCUCAGUGGUUUCUCAACAACGCUGAAUAAGCUGUAUGUAUACACGUCAGCCUGACAAAAAACAAAUACUGUUUUGACAAUGAACUUAUCCUCUUCGUCUGUUUUCAAAACUUAUCUAAAUGACACUUGUAAUUUCACCUUCAAAAAAAAAAUAAAGCUCAUCAUUCCUUGA